AUGCAACCUCCGGAAGGUGUGCAGGUCGACCUGGGCAAGGCCCAGGUCAUCGACCGUGUUCCGAAAGUUAUCAAGGAGCUGAAAUUUGGUGUACUAUCUAACGAUGACAUUGUCAGCCAAGGCGUGGUGGAGGUUUCCGACCGCAAGUUCUUCGACCUCGAUCAUGACAGAUCGGUAAUCCCCCAUGGACCUCUCGAUGCGCGUAUGGGUAUUUCUAGUAAAACUGCAACUUGCCAAACUUGCGGUGGCGCCCUUCAGGUCUGCAACGGACAUUUCGGUCAUGUCAAGCUCGUCUUACCGUCGUUCCAUGUCGGAUAUUUCAAGCGAGUUAUUACGAUCUUGCAAGAAAUUUGCAAAGAAUGUUCACAUAUUUUGCUUCCCGAAGCAGAGCGCCGCACCUACCUCCGAGAGAUGCGUCGGCCAGGGCUGGAUAAUUUGCGACGGUUGCAGAUUGCGAAACGGAUCAAUGAGCGCUGUCGCAAGACCAGAAACUGUGGAGUGUGCGGUGCUGUGAAUGGUGUUGUAAAGAAGGCUGGAAAUAGUGCACUGAAAAUUACGCAUGAUAAAUUUCGUGCUUUCAACGCAUCGGCCUCGGUGAAGAAGAUCCCGCCUCCCAGUAAGAUUGUAUUCGACCGGUCAUUUGAUGAAGCAAGGAGCCACAAUGCCGAGGUGGAGAAGCAUUACAAAAAGGCACAGGAUGAUCUGAAUGCUCUUCGCGUUCUGAAUCUUUUUAAGAAAAUCUCGGAUACGGAUUGCGAGUUGCUGGGUUUGAACCCGAAGGAAGCACGGCCGGAAAUGUUUCUGUGGCAGUAUAUUCCCGCACCUCCCGUUUGUAUUCGUCCCUCCGUCGGUCAAGAUGCGGCGUCCACCGAAGAUGACUUGACUGCCAAACUGGGUGAUAUUAUCCAGAGCAACAUCAAUCUCAAGAACGCGCUGUUGAAGGGGGCGCCAGUACAGACAAUCAUGGAAUGCUGGGAUUACAUGCAGCUUCAGAUAGCGGUCUACAUCAACAGUGACGUCCCUGGACUUAAUAAAGCGGAUUUGGGAAAACCCAUUCGAGGGUUUGUUCAGCGACUAAAGGGAAAGCAAGGGCGAUUCCGUGGUAAUCUAUCAGGAAAACGUGUCGACUUCUCAGGUCGAACUGUUAUUUCCCCCGACCCUAAUUUACGGGUCGAUGAAGUUGCUGUCCCUAUUCUGGUGGCAAAAAAUAUGACAUACCCCGAGGUUGUCACUAGAUACAGCAAGGAGAAAUUGCAGCAGAGGGUGCGAAAUGGUACGAAGAAGUGGCCGGGAGCAAACUACAUCACGAAGAAGGGCUCGACCUUCAAGCUCUUCCUCAAAUACGGAAAUCUGAACAUGAUAGCGGACCAGCUGCAGGAAGGGGAUGUUAUCGAGCGUCAUCUGGAGGAUGGCGAUAUUGUCCUUUUCAAUCGACAACCUUCUCUGCACAAACUGAGUAUUCUAUCUCACUUUGCCAAAGUCCGUCCACACCGUACCUUCCGGCUAAACGAAUGUGCUUGCAAUCCGUACAAUGCGGAUUUUGAUGGAGAUGAAAUGAACUUACACGUUCCCCAGACGGAAGAAGCGAGGGCUGAAGCGAUGGAAUUGAUGGGUGUAAAGAACAACCUGGCAACGCCUAAGAACGGCGAGCCGAUUAUUUCCGCCAUUCAGGAUUUCAUUAGUGCUGCCUACAUUAUGAGCAGCAAGGAUAAUUUCUUUGAUCGACGCUCAUUCACGCAGCUGUGUCUUUACAUGCUUGGGCCUGAAACUCGAUUUGACCUUCCUCCGCCUUCGGUACUCAAGCCUCAGAUGCUCUGGACUGGAAAGCAGGUUUUCAACAUCCUUAUGCACCCCAACAAAGAUGACCCCGUUCUGGUCAACUUAGACGCUGCGUGCAAGCAGUUCAAGGCUCCCAAGGAUGGUACCCCGAGGGACUUGGAUGAUAAAGAUAGUUGGCUUGUUAUUCGUAACUCUGAAGUCAUGUGUGGUAUGAUGGAUAAAUCCACAGUGGGCUCUGGAAAGAAGGACAAUAUUUUCUACGUCAUGCUGAGAGAUUACGGCCCAGCGGCAGCUGCUGAGGGAAUGAAUCGUCUUUCGAGACUAUCCGCGCGUUGGUUUACGAAUAUGGGCUUCUCUAUUGGCAUUACGGAUGUAUAUCCUAGUGAAAAACUCUUAAAAUCGAAGCACGACCUCGUCGAGACAGCGUAUGCGCAAUGUGACGAAGUCAUUGCUAAAUAUAAGGCCGGGACCCUGGAAAAGUACCCGGGAUGCGACGAACUGCAAACCAUGGAAAAUCAGAUUUCUGGUAUCCUCAGUAAAGUCCGUCAACAGGCCGGAGACGAAUGUAUUGAUCAGCUGAGCAAGUACAAUUCUCCUCUGAUCAUGGCUACGUCCGGAUCCAAAGGCUCCAGUAUCAACGUGUCGCAGAUGGUUGCUCUUGUUGGUCAGCAAAUUAUUGGUGGUCAGCGUGUGCAGGACGGGUUCCAAGAUCGAACUUUACCUCACUUCCCAAAGAAUGCUCGUCAGCCCCCGUCGAAGGGUUUCGUCCGCAAUAGCUUCUUCUCGGGACUGGAGCCGACGGAAUUCAUUUUCCAUGCCAUGUCCGGUCGUGAGGGUCUAGUCGAUACAGCUGUCAAAACAGCCGAGACUGGCUACAUGUCUCGUCGUUUGAUGAAAUCUUUGGAGGAUCUCUCUACUAGAUAUGACGACACAGUGCGAAACUCAUCUUCUAGUAUAGUCCAAUUCCAAUACGGAGACGAUAAGCUGGAUCCUGUGGAUAUGGAAGGUAAAGCCAAGCCUGUCCAUUUCGACCGGACCUUCACUCAUGCCGAAUCUACAACAUAUGACAACGAUGAGCGGAGUUUAUUACCGGCCGAGAUCAUGGAAGUUUGCGAGGAGAUGCUGUCUAAGGAGCGCGCUAAGCUCGUUCGGAAAGACCUAAUGGGUACUGAACUUGGCUACAUGGAUCGAUCUGACCAUGGAAUAGAUCAGUUCGAGAGCGCUCGAGAUUUCCUCGAAUCCAUCCAGCAAUAUGUUGCGACAAAGGCAGAUAAGCUGAUCUCUCGAGGUGGUGACAUCGAUCCUUCCGAUGAGAGAAGUCAGCAGGGCUUGAACCAUACUGGAAAGUUGACUGAGAAGACACUUCGGGCGUUCGUUUCUGCUUGUUUAAUGAAGUAUAAGAAGGCCCAAGUCGAAUCUGGCCAUGCGGUGGGUGCAGUUGGUGCCCAGUCCAUCGGCGAACCAGGAACUCAAAUGACAUUGAAGACUUUCCAUUUUGCUGGUGUCGCAGGUAUGAGUAUUACUCAGGGUGUUCCCCGUAUCAAAGAAAUUAUCAAUGCCUCCAAGGAGAUCAGUACACCCGUGGUUUCAUGUGAGCUUGUUACCAAGGAUAGUAUUAUCGCAGCCCGAAUUGUCAAAGGACGUAUCGAGAAGACAUAUCUCCGGGAUAUCAUUCAUUAUGUCCGAGAAACAUGGACCGGGAAGGAGGCGUACAUUACUGUUAAAAUCAACUGGAAGACGAUCCAAGAUCUGGCUCUUGAGCUGAAUAUUAGGACUAUACUGAAUGCCAUCAAGAGCCAUAGACGCUUUAAGGCCGACGACCUCAAAUUCCGAAACUCACGGUCACAUAUCCAUAUCCAUAUGGACUUGGACCCCGCCAGCAAAACAGGUCUUUCGAAGACUGAAAUUGCGUCAACCAGUGCCGAUCCUUUCCUUCGUCUGAAACAUCUUAAGCGUAUGCUUCCCGGCAUUCAGGUACUUGGCCAUCCGCAGGCCUACCGUGCGAUUAUCCGAACCGAUGAUACUUCCACCACCAAUACGCUUCUCGUGGAAGGCUAUGGUCUUCGGGAUUGCAUGACAACACUUGGUGUUGAUGGUCUUCGCACGUCUACCAACAACGUGAUGGAGAUGCGCGAGGUGCUUGGUAUUGAAGCUGCCCGGACAACUAUCACCCAGGAAAUCAGCGAAGUCAUGAAGGAUAUGGAUAUUGAUCCUCGACAUAUGCAGCUUCUUGCUGAUGUCAUGACAUACAAGGGUGAUGUUUUGGGUAUUACGCGCUUUGGGCUUGCCAAGAUGCGCGAUUCUGUUCUCCAGCUCGCGUCUUUCGAGAAGACAGCGGACCAUCUCUUCGAUGCCGGCGGUGCCGGCCGCACGGAUCUCAUCGAAGGUGUCUCCGAAUGUAUUAUCAUGGGCAAGACCAUGUCUAUCGGUACCGGUGCAAUGGAGGUGGUCCGGAAGAUGAACUUCUUUGAGGGUCAGAUAGGAGCAAGAAAGACGAUUUUCGAAGACACUUGGACCAGCAUCGAAAAUCUCGAGACGACCAAAGGAAAGAGGCGAGCCCGGCCUUGCAUCUAA